CGCCCGGAAAAUCCAUCUGGUCCUCGUUCAUCGAUGAAAAGGACCCAAAUUUACCAACAAAUACGAAUGGGCAAGUGGUACCAGUAUGGCAAGUCCACAUGUUGCCGGUGUGAUAGCUAUUAUCGUGGGCUAUGAGGGCUACAAAUCACCGAGCGCCCAGAAUGUUUACGAUCGCAUCAACAAAAACGCGAUUGCGGCAGUGAAAUCAGAUGAUGAGAUCAAACGCGUUGGGGCUACACUCAACCUCCUUCAGUCAGGUAUGAAGGGUGGGACCAGAAGGACUUCUGCCGAUCCAUAUGAUGGAAUAGGCCAUGAUGAGCUUAAGAAGGCUGUCGUUGCUGCUGCGGAUGAUGCUUCCGACGCUGCAACAACCACUGCUGCAGCCGAAAGUACAGUGACUGAGAGUAUGUGUUUUAACCCCAUUUCUUCUCUUAUUCUGUGCAAUAUGAGUACUGAUUUUUCAUAGACGCUCCAUUCGCAACCCAAGCGCCUCCCAAAGACGACAAAGCAGACUUUGACGAAACAAUCGAAGAAGACGACGGAACUGACCCUGCCGAUCCAAUUGAAACCAAGAAAUCUAGCGCUACAGCCACCAAAACAUCCAGUUCAGCUCCCAAAUCAACAUCCUAAAAGACCACUUCGACUCCUAAGAGUAGUUCGGCGGCCAAGACAACCAGCUCCGCUCCCAAGACAAGCAGUACAGCGAAACCAAAGCUAACAGCUUGUGAUUGUAAUGAAAAUGGAUGUACUCCUGAGCCUAAGGAUGCGGAUGGUGGAUGUUGUGGAAAUGGGACUUGUGGUCCAGAUGUUGUACUGAAUACUGUCACGUAGUCGUUGUCGCAGCAAUAUGAAAUUGAUUGGAAGUUUUAGUAGGCUUCUUUGUCUUAAC